UCGGCACUUUUUAAAUACAAUUCUUAAUUCAAUUUGCCGCAUUCGCACGUACAUACAGUACGUAUAUAAAAUAUUAUAUAAUCAAACACUUCAAUCAGACCGGGUAAAAUGAAUAACCUGUUGAGAGUUUCGAUCGUUUUGGCCGUCGUUUCCGCCAUUUCAUGCCAGGAUUUCACAGAAGAGCAACGCAAACGCAUAAUCGAAAACCGUCAAGAGUGCAUCAAAGAAACCAAAGUAAAUCCAGAACUUAUAGAACGUGCCGACUUAGGCGAAUUUACCGAGGACGAAUCGUUAAAAUGCUUCACCAAAUGCUUCUACCAAAAGGCCGGAUUCGUAAACGAUAAGGGUGAAGUGCAAAGAGACGUGAUCGAGGAAAAACUACCAGCCGGGGCAGACAAGAAGAAAGCAUUGGAAAUCGUGGAUAAAUGCAAAGCUGAGGGCAAAAAUGCUUGUGAAACUGUUUAUUUGGUCCACAAGUGCUACUUCGAGCACACCCACCCUGAAUUACAGAAACAAGAGGCUGUUACCGAGGCUCCUAAAGAGGAAAAGAAGGAAUAGGAGUUGGAGGAGUUAAGAUGAUGACUACAGUAAUUAUGUUUCGUGAAAACUUGUUACGAACUUUAAUGUCAAUUAUGUCUCAUUUAUCACAAAACAGCUUAUAAUGUAGUCUAUUUCUAGUCUACUGUGAUUUUUAAUUAUAUAGUCAGUAUUAUAAUUUUUUAAAGUUUAAUUUAAAUUAUAAGUAUUUGAAUAAAUAAAUAAAAAAUCAUAUGCAA